AUUGUUGAAAAUUGUGUCUGGACCUAUGUAAACACGAAAACCCUUAUAUGAAGAAAUAUCUUUUUAAAUAUGUUACAUUAUUUGUAAAGGAAUUAACAUGGAACUAGACAAACAGUAAUUUCACACAGAAACACAUUGAAUUCAUUGGGGUGAUGUCUGUAGAAUCAUGUUAUCAUCUAAUCUAAAUGGUUGCUUUGGUAAGGUGCAAAACCACUAAUUUAGGACUUUGAAGUGUGUUGAUCAAAUUGAAUUUUUGUGGUUGAUACUUAUACAAUCUCAUUAAAGUAAUUUGUAUUUAGGUCAUUUAUGCAGUAAACUUUAAUCAGCAGUUUGUGUUCUUUUGACAUAUUGUAUGCUGCCUAAGGGGUGCUUAGGAAACUUCUCUGUUGUGACUGAAUUUCAGACCAAUACUCACCCUUUGACCUUACCAUAUUAGUGAAGAUAUGAUUUUGACUCAUCAUGGUUGCUUCAAAUUCAAUCUACUGAAUUCUAUUUAGUGAAUAGGAAUCUUCUAAAUCAGUUUUUCAAACUGCCCCACAAUAAACUGCUAUGUUUUCAUGGUUUGUUUUUUGAGAAAAGUUUUGGUUUCAUUAUGCUUAGCUCAGUUACUGACUUUUUUCACGUUUUAAUUUAGAUACUUCUAUUUCUGAAUUUACUUUUUUCUUUACUGUUUAGGUGAUUUGGAUUAGUUAACUUCUGAGGUCCUUCCAAUCUGAAAGCCUGUUUUUACUCAGUCAUUGUGUAUUUGUUUCUAGUUAUAGUCAAGUACAGUUAGAAAAUAAACAUUACAAUUCUAUUGUUUGAUCAAAAUUCUUAGGUGGAUAGCUAGUUAUUUUACUUUUAAUCCAACAAAGAAUACUUUAUAUCAACUAAGAUGAGUAAGUCUGCAAAAACUUUUUUAAAAAAAAUGGAAUCAAUUUUUGACAUAGCAACUUAAUACAUGUAGUUUAUUCUAUGCAUCCCAAGUCAAUUCAUCCUAAAUAAAUCCUGAAUUGCCAUUGUGAUGGUAAUUGGGUGAUUUGUUAUUCUAUGUUGCGUAAUGAUUUCUGUAGCUUAUUCCCAGGAAGUAAUUGCCAUCAAACUGAAGAACCUGAACCUUACAUAAUAAUGUGAUGAGUCAUUUUGUUGGUUUAGUACUUGUUUUCUUAUUUUCUGUACUCUCAUCUGUUGGGAUGAAGAUCCUUAAUGAGCAAAAUAAAAUUUUCCUCAUGUUUCAAUGUAUCAGAUUUUUGGAAAAAAACUCUGCUUUUCAGUCUCUAGUUUUAACACUAUUUUUUCUUAUAACUUUUAUCAUUGAUUCUAUCUGAGAAAUCACACAUAUUUAAAACCUUCAUAUAAAGGCCCAAAAUAAAUUUCCCUCCCUUUGUUUACUCCUUAAUUUUUGACCCUUUGUAGAACUGUUUAAUUUUCAUGUUGGUGAAUACAUAAAAUUUGAGAGGAAGUUCUUGACCUCAUUUUUGUAAUGUUGUCUUAUUCUCCUGACCAUGGUACUACUGGUGUUCAUUUAGUAAGUUAAAGUGUAACCAGGAUUGGUUGUUUUAAUAUAAAGUAAGGGGAUUUGAAUUAAAUAAUCUUUAAGGUUUCUUCCAAGUCUAAAUCUGUGAUCCUAUAGUUAGUCCAUAUUCUUAGAGCUUGAACUCUGAUAUGCUAAUUUGAUUAUGACAAUGAGGAAUCAAGAAAUUAGGACAAUUUCAAAAGUCUCUUGGUCAGAGUAUUAUGAAUAUGCAAAGUAAAGAUCAAACAGACGGGUGCCUGAUGAUAAUGUUCGAGAAUAUACUGUAUGAUUAGUUGUAAAGAGAUACAGUCUUUGACCCCAAACUAUCAUUUGAAGACCUGAGCUACAGUUCCCCUCCCCCCUUUUUUUAAAUUAAUAAAUCAAGUUAUGAGACCAUCCUAAGAUAUCGUAACUAGAGAGGACUUGGAAAUUUUCUGAUCCAACUCCCUUUAUACAUUAAUAAGCAGGUACGUAGUGGAAAAUUGACUUAUCCAUCCAUCCAUGACCCAUGAUGAAAAACUGAUCGGAAGCUGAAAAACCAGGGUUUCUCAUCCCCAGAUCAGUGCUUAUUAUCAUGUCAUAUAUUUUCUUUCCUGAAUUAGCAGAAGUGAUACCCUAAAAUACUAGGUUUUAGGGUAUCUGUUUUAUUCUUUUUCUUUUAUUAUAAAAGGAAAAUGAAAUAGAAAUGAAAAAAAAAUACUUAAGCACUGAUUAUCAGCUUUAGCAAAUAAAAUUUCACUUCAGUGUAAUGAAGAUGACUUCUUCCAUUAAAAAGUUUGCUUUUUUUUGUUUUAUGAAGUUACCUGUCUCAAUGAGCUAUUUUAGGCUGCUGAGGGAGUCAUAGAAAUGGAAACAGAUGGGAAAUAGUUAGAAAUGACAACUCUAGGACUUUAUUUUGUGGUUAAUUAAGCGUAAUGAUGUCCAUGGAGAGGACAAAGACAAAUUUAAUCUGUUGAAUGCCUUCUGGCAUUAACUCUUGAAUUUCAGGUAUGGAACAAAGUUUUCAGAAAGUUUCUGAUACAUGGAAAUCAUUGGAGGUAGUAUACAUUUUGUGUCAGUUUUGAUUGGAAUGGUAAUGUUCUUAUUAUUAACAAUUUGAAAUGGACACAAGUAAAACUUGACAUCCAAAUCUUAAGUAUAGGAAAACGAUUAUUAAAAUAGGGAAUCUUAAGAACAAGCCUUUAGUAAGAAUAUUAUUAUUAUUAUUAUUAUUAUUUUUGGCUGAGGCAAUUGGGGUUAAGUGACUUGCCCAAGGACACACAGCUAGGAAGUGUUAGGUGUCUGAGAUCAAAUUUGAACUCGGGUCCUCCAGACUUCAGGGCUGGUGCUCUUAUCCAUUGUGCCAUCAGCUGCUCCAAGAAUAUUAAAAGUCAGGAGUAAGAGUAUAAGACAACACGUUCAGAGAUCAUAAUAAUAUUCUUACUAAAGCUAGUCUAAAUUCAAGCUUUCAGAGUAGAAACAGAUAAAGAAUACAGAUGAUUAGAUUCCAGCCCAAGUCUUUAUUGAAUUAAAAGCAAUUGAGUUAAUUAUGUACAAGGGACAUUAAAGUGAGAGAAGGGCUGAAAUCUAGUUAGUCAUGUUAUUGUGUCACUUUGUGCAAGUCAUGUUCCCAAGCUGAGCCUCAGUUUCUCCUAUUUGUAAAACGAAAGGGUGGGAUUAGGUAGUCCCCUGUCUCCUUAUCAGUUCUAGUAUUUUUAAAAGUUCUAAAAAAAAAAAAAAAUUAAAAAAAAGUUCUAAGAUCCCUUCCAUAAUAGCCAAUGAAACUGUUCACUAUAGAAACUUGAACUAAAGUCUUGUUUUUAACCUCCCUCCCUUUUUGUAAAGUGAUUGAAAGAACAUAUUUAUCAUUCACAUUCAUAUUUAUAUUUUAACAUAUAAAAUUUAGUCAUUUAAACGUCAGUGUAUUGCCUUGUUACAUUCACUUUUUAACAAUUAGUUUGCAGAUCAAAGUUCUGACUAUCCUUUGAUUUUUUUACCCCACAGGAAACUAGUGAAUUUAUUUUCCUGGCUCUUCAGAUGUGCUUGACUAACUCAAACUUCUGACUUCUAUGCCUAUUCCCUGCUGCAGAUAUUUUUAAAGAUCAAAAUGGAUUGAGGAAUUAUAUUGAAUUAAAUGCUAUUUUUCCUUAGCGGGGGAAGAAUGGGGAACGAUAAUGGGGAAUGUGAAUGAAACCAUACUAUAGUUUAACUCUUUCCUUGUACAUAUUUUGAAUUCUUUGCAUUUGAGUUAGGUCCUUUAUGUAGGUGGAGGAGAGAAGGAUGCAUUUGAUAUGAGUGAGGAGAUUUGGACUUGAGUAUGGACUUGAUUAAGUUCCCUUUCUUGUGUGACCUUGGCAAAAUAAUAUUCUAUCAUUGGACCUCAAUUUUUGUAAAAUGGACUAAAUUCCUUAGGAUUCCUUUUCAGUCCUAGUAUAUUGUAGGAGAAUGAAUUCAAACUACCUUGUUUGAAAGGAAAAAGGAUAAUUUCUUUGCUACUAAUUUGCCUUUUUAGCAGUUUGACAUUAUGUAGAACUGGUCUAAAGACUUUAAUGAAUAAAUCUUAAAAUGCACAAGUUUAAACUUGAAGAGUUGUUAUUGAUACUGAUGCUAACACUUGUUGCCAUCCUUGAUUAACAGUAUUUUGGAUCUUCAAAUUUUGUUGUAUCCAUGUCUUCUCUGAACAUUGUACUAAGGGACAGAAUGAUGAACAGUUGAAGAACAAAAGAUAGGGAUUUUAGUUGAAUAGAAGUUCAGAUAUUGCGCUCUUGGGCUCUAGAGUGAGGGAAAUUCUAGUCCUUCCUCAUUUUUUACUCUAUUCACAAACUGCAGUGUUGCAAUCAGUUCAAGGCUCCAUAUUUUUCUGUUACUGAAGGAACUAGAAUUAAGUGGGGAUAAUAACCAUAGUUAAUAUGCAGCUUUUCUGGUUUUGCAAAAGAAUUUUACAUUUUUCCUCUCAUUUGCUCCUCAACAAUCCUGUGUGAGUUAAGAAGCAGCCUGAGACAGGUUAAGUGUCAGACAGCUAGUAAAUGCCUGAGAAGGGUAUUCAAACUCGGGUCUUUUCGAUUCUAAGUUCAAUGCUGCCUGAGAAGGGUAUUCAAACUUGGGUCUUUUCGAUUCUAAGUUCAAUGCUUAAUUCAAUAUUCUACCUCUCUGCCUUGAAGGAUGACCCAAGAACUGCCCUGCAAUGUGUUAGGCAUUGGGAAUGUGGUGAAUGAAAGGAACUUUAAGUUCUAGCACUCUUCUUAUAGUGCUUGGUUUAGUUUAUCACUGAGAUUUUUUUUAAGAGUUGGAGAGGACUCGGGAGACAUGAUACUUUUAUUUUCAAGUAUCUGACAAGGAAAAAAGAUUACAUUUAUUCUUGAUCCCAGAAAAUCAAUCUGUUUGGCAAAAAAAAAAAAAGGGGAGGUUGCUUACAAGGACCAACAUUGAAAAGUUUCAGGUUGAAAAUGUAAGCAUUAUUACACAUCUGUAUUUUUCUACUUUUGAAAAAGGUUGGGGAGAUGCCUUUUCAUAUCUUUUUUUUUUUUGAGUCUAAGUUUGCUCAUCACAAUUUUGAAACAAGUUUUAGUUAUUUUGUUCUUGUCCCAUUUACAUUGUGUCAUUGUUUUCCUUGUUUUGCGUCAAUUAUUUGUCUUUCCAUUUUUUCUAAAUUCAUAUUUAUGUGCUAUAACUUGUUUAGGUGUUUCCUAAUUGGUAGAUAUUUAUCUUGUUUCAGUUCUUUGAUACUGUAAAAAGUGCUGUUAUAACUAUUCUGUUCUCCCUCUCUCCAUCUCCAUCUCUUUAUUCUCUCUCUCUCACACACAUACACACGCACACACACACACACACACACACACACACACACGGGAAUAGUUGAUCAGUAGUGAAGCAAAAAACUUUAUUCAGAAAUUAGUAAAUUCUGUUACUAGGAGGAAUUGGAGUCUUAAUUUUAGGCUGGAUGAUCACUUGGGAAGGAUGUUUAUUGUUUAGAUGAUUCAUUUAAGCAUUUAUUAAGGCCUCUUAUGCUUUUUUUUUUUGCAUUUUAUCAGUCAGUUGAGAUACAGUGAACAAAAUAAACUUUAAAGGAUCUUAUAUUUUAAUAUGCUUGAUUUUUGAGGUAUGAAUUGAACUAGUAGUUCAUCACCAGCUCCUUUUUAAGAUUUUGUGAUUUUUUUUCAGUGACUUUUGCAUAAUUUUCAUUCUCCUAAGUUUAUCAAAAACACUAGGCUUGCUUUCAGGCAUUUAUUUGCUUUGAGCAAUUGAUGAAUACUUAUUUCUUUCAUUUUCUUUUUCUGUCUCUGGCUCCUCAUCUUGUGUGUAUGUGUGUGUGUGUGUGUGUGGUAUGUGUAGUUAGGAGUAGCAGCAAGGAAUUGGGAAGGAGAGAAUAGACUGAUUAUGGGAAAUUGAAAAAUUAAACAUUGAUGGGAUAUGGAAGGUUAUGAAAAUUCAUAAGAAAUCUGAGUAGAAAUAACCUUUUUUUUAAUUGAAGUGAUGGUAAAAUUGCAUUACACAAAGGUGAUUUUAGAAAUUGUUACUUUUUUUUUUGUACAUAAAUUUUCCAUAUCAAUCUCUCUUCCCCCCUUUGCCUGACCAGAAUGCUGUCAUAAACAGAGAAAGAACUUCAGCAUAAUGAGCCAAGUCACCAACUGAAUUGGAUAGCAUUUGCAAUUUAGUAAGAUCUAUAGUUCCUCAUAUCUAGAUAGAAAUAAGGAAAGUAUAUUUUCUCAAUUCUCCAGGACCAAGAAAAUUGUUAUUUAUUUAUUUUUUUUUAAUUUCCAUCUUUUUAUUGCUAUAGUCAUUGUUUUCCUGGCUUGGUUCAUAUAAGUCUUUUCAUGCUUCUCUGAAUUCUUCAUAUUUAGCCUUUUUUAAAGUGCAGUGAUAUUGCAUUACAUUCAUAUUUACCAGUUUGUUUAGCCAUUCCUUAGUUCAUGGAACUUCUUUUUGUUUCCAAUUUUUGCUAUAACAAACAGGGCUUCUAUGAAUAUUUUGGUGUAUAGGGAGCUUUUUGUUUUUGACCUCCUUGAGUCUGUGUCUAGUAGCACACUGCGUUAAUGGGUAUAGACAUUUUGGUCAUUUUUUAACAUGAUUCUAAAUUCCUUUCUAGAACAGUUGGACCAAUCCCAGCUCUACCAAGUGUAUUAAUGUGUCUGUCUUGUAGCUCUUGAAAAUGAAAUCAGUCAGCCUUUUUGUCAUUUUUGCUAAUUUGCUCUUUGUGAAGUUGAAGCAUAUAUGAUUUUUUUCCCAUAAGAGUUGUUACUGGUUUUCAGUUCUUCAUUUGAACUAUUCAUACCUUUUGGGAAAAAGUAAAUAUUUGUGUUAAUUCUUUUCAGGGAUAUUUAAUGUGAUAUUUUUUUCCUAAUUAACAGUUUAAGGACUUUGAUAAUUAAAAUUCUAGUGUAAGUAUCCAGUUUAAUAAUUAUUCUUUUGGGAACUUGCAAUUUAGAAGCCUCUUAUUUUUCUAGGAUACAGCAAAAUUUUGUAUAUUAAUUUGACAUGGAAAGAUAUUAUGGGGUAGAUUGACCUUUGAAUUAGCAAUAUUUGGGUUCAUGUAUUACCUCUACUACCUACUAGCCAUUUGACUAUAGACAAACCAAGGAACAUUCUCUUGUUGCAGGCAGCUCUCCCACAUUAAGUUACAUAGCAGUAAUCCAUACUGGAGUUAGGACUUAAAAUGGGAGUUCCCAACUACCUAGAACUUACUUCUAUAUCUUUGUUUUUUUUUAAACUUGACAGAUGGAUAUAGAUAUUCUCUGUUGGGUUUUGAAUAUUUUGGAUGAAAUAAAGUUUUGCUAAAUUAUUCAUCAAUAAUUUAAUUUAGUUUGGCAUUGCUUUAUUUAUUUAGUUCUUAGGCAUUUGUCCUUAAGAUGAUAUGGAGUACCAUGAAUUAGAAUGAGUAAUUACACUACUUUGGGUUGCCAGGGACUAAAUGGUACUAAGGCAUAAAUUUCUAAAAUUGUUAUUACUUCUACUUUGCUUCCUCUUACUAAGUACUGCUAGCUUCCCAGUUCCAAGACUGUUUUGGGACAUAUACAAAAAGGAGUAGAAUUAUCUUAACUUUUGACUGUUGGUUUGGGUAACCUCUACAUAUUUGGACCCUUUGUUGGUUUCCAUUUGUUGCAUGAGUGUGUUGUUUGUACACAUACCAUCCUAUAGGAUUAUUUGUAUUCAUUUCUCCUUGAGAUAAUGUCCUAUAAUUUUGGUCGUUAAACUUUAUUUGUAAGCUCACACUUAUCAUAUCGUCAAUAAAAGACAAAUCGUUAAAAUGUAAUGAAAAAGUUGCUUUGAGUGUACUUUGUAGCAUUUUCUUCCAGUUUUGGGCUGUGGAAUCCUUUUCAUAUUUGUCCUGAUGUUCCUCCAAAUGUAACCAAUCUGUUACAGUCAAGUGAUAGCUAACAGAGUUCCAUGGUGACCUCAUAAAAGGACUGCUUGGGAUUAAAAGAGAGGAUUGCUGUGAGGCCUUUUGUUUAAAAAGGCACGUGACACUCAAAUGAAUAAGCCUUUGCAAAGUCCAGCAGAAGUAGCUGGUGAGAAUCACUUAACACAUGGUCAAGUAAAACAUCUGAGGAUGAAAAAUUCAAAGAAAGCACCUCGUCUUGCAAGGUCAAAGAAAACAUUUGGGAAUGAAAAAUCCAGAAAACAUACCUUCUAUUGCAAGUCUGUUAAAUCAGAUAGAUCAAGAAAGAACCGAGCUAGAUCUGAGACAAUUAUAACUAGUCAGUCUUCCUGCUCUCAGCCAGAUAAAGAAUCAUGUAUUAUUAACCAAGAAAAACUACAAAUGUUGGAGGAAAUGUUUGAAAAAACUGCAGAUGCCACUGGAGCUUUGGACAUAAAAGGUUUUCAAAAGGUGAUGAAGGAGACGUUUCCAUCUGUGACUGAUGAAGCCUUGGAAUCCCUGUUCUGGAAAGUGGAUGCAGAUUGUGUUGGAUGCGUGACCUGGCACAAGUAUCUAGAUUACCUUAUGCGGGAAUUCAAAGGGAAGGAAGAGAUGGACAAAGACCAGUAUCGACUGCGACUCCAACCUCCUAUGAGGAUUGUUCCACUGAAUCAUGGACAUGAGAUUGUGAAGUUGCAAUUCUUAGCCAGUCAGUUUCAGGGAUCAUCUGGGCGCUUCCUUACUGUUACCAAAGAUGGGAUCCUUCAGUUCUGGGAUGAAUUCUUCAUGCUGCUUCAGACAGUUCAUCUGGACCAGACACAUCGCCGCCAUAACCAGCAGAUGUGGGUCAACGACAUGGUAUGUCUGGCUAAUAUCAACUUGAUAGCCAUUGCAUCUACGGACCAGGAUUUAGAAUUCUUUGAUAUUUCUGGAAACAAAUGCCAAAAGACUUUUAUCUUUAUUGACCUGGACAGCUGUGCUGUAGUUAUGGAUUACUGGACAGACCAACAUAAAGCCGUGUUUUGUGUUGGUGAUACAAAGGGCGACAUCCUCAUCUUUGUCUCUGAUGAUAUUGCAGAGUGUGGAUUGUUUCACCCAUAUAUCUUCCAGGCCAAAGCAAGGAUUGAUCUCCAAAGACCAGAAUCAGGCUCUUCUUAUAUCAAAAUUUCUAUGCAGAGUCUUUUAACUAAAAAGUCUAAAAUUCAUAGAAGUUAUCGAUUGAAGGCAAUUCACGCCAACUGGUGUCAACAGAUCAAGUUCAUCCCCCAGCUGAAUGUGGUGGCCUCUUGCUCAGCCAUUGAUAGUACAGCUAUGGUCUUAACAGUUGUGCCAACUAGAACUGAUCCUCUGAAAACUUCCACAGUGACUCUGAGGAAGGGAAUUCUUUGUUUCGAUUACUGUCCAGACAGGAACUUCCUUGUGACUGGUGGUUAUGAUCCAAUCAUUCUCCUGUGGAAUCCUCUCUUCAUAAAGAAGCCCAUGUGGCGGAUGAAGGGACACCAGACCUCAGUGACUCAUGUUAUUGUGAACGGAAAAAGCAACUGCAUCAUUAGUGUCUCCAGAGAUAAAAAUAUCCGUCUGUGGGAUAUACACAACCUUCUGUGUUUCCAGUCCCUUUCAGGGAAAUUUUUUGCCCUGGGAAAUCAUCCUAUAACCUGUGCUUAUUUCCACAAGGCUAAUGACACCUUUAUUUGUGGUACCUAUUCGAUUGGGAUUCUUACUGGCUAUCUGGAGGCCCAGGAAGGCUUCUGGAAAAUACAGGAUGUUUUUACAACCCACCAUACAGUUGUGUGUGGAGUCCUUUAUAGCAAGGCUGUCAAGCAGGUGGUGAGCGGUGGCCUGAAUGGCUUGAUAAGCGUGUGGGAGUUGGUGACAGGGAAGAAGGUGAAAGAGUUUCCAGUAUCAGAGUCCAAGGAUGUGGAGCUCACAGCGAUGGCCCUGGAUGAGCUGGAGCGGUGCCUCCUCACCGGCAUGAGAAAUGGGACAGUCAAGAUGUGGAAUUUUACCCUCGGGGUCUGCCUGUUGAACUUUCCCAAUCCAGACCAAAUGGAGAUCAAUGGAAUCACUCAUGUGAAUGGGAUAUUCUAUGUGGCAGGGUGGAAUAAGAGGAUCACUUGGUACCUGUAUCAAAACAAAGAAGUUAUCCCCUUGUUUGACCACUGGCCUUACUUUCACACUGAGGAUAUCCUGUGUCUGGCCAAAUACCGUAGCAACAUCCUGGGAUCAGCUUCCUAUAAUGGUGACAUCUUCAUCUGGAAUGUCAGCUGGGGGAAGCCCUUUGUUCAUUUUAAUGCUUCAAAGAGAUUUCUUUCUUUCUUAUGGGAGCAGGUCUUCAAAGAGGAGGAUCGUGUGAUGCUUGCUGAUUUGGUGAACAAGAAUAUUGGGGGCAAGAAGACCUGGGCAAAAAAGUCCCUCUGGAGGCCCAUGAGUGGGGCUUCUUCCCAGACUCAGAAGCCUGAGAUCCGCAGAAACCUGACCUCUGCCCCACCUGCGUUGAGAAACACAGAAGGAAAGAGUGCAAAGGAGUUAUCAUUCCAAUUCAAAUUGCAGAAACCUUGCAGCGGUGUCAACUCUAAGGGAGUGAAUGGAACGAAACAUCAAAGCAAAACUUGGACCUGGAGCAAAAAUAAGCAGAAAGAAAAUGAGGAUUAUACUAGGCAGAAAGAAAAGAAAGACUCAGUGGCGUCUGUGGAGAAGAUCAUUUUCCUGCCCACCCGGCUUCGGACCCCCCACACAGCUACCCUUCUCAGCAGUGCCGGCAAUGGCUAUAUUUAUGCCUGGUCAAUUCAUGACCGAGGGGGCAUGCUGGGAAAAUUCCAGCCAGCAGAAAAUCAAUACCAGGAUUCAGUUGUUGGUGCCAUGACCAGUGAUGAAAAGGACUGGAUACUAAUAACUGGAGACUCCAAAGGGUACCUCAAGAUCUGGGACAUCAAGGAUUAUUGUAAACUGCCCAAUGAACAGAAGAUAUCCCUUGUCUGGGAAGAAAGACUUGCUCAGGAAAAUAUUUAUCGGAAUUUAAUUCCUACAUAUAAUCGAGUGGAAACACAACAGGAACUCCCAGAGACUGAAGAGGUAUUUGGUGGCCAUGUUGUUUCCCUAAUCCCUCCAGAGCUCCUGAUUUCCUGGAAGGCUCAUGAUAAGGGGGUGACUGAUAUUGCCUUUGGGGAGCAUUUCCAUGUGGUCAUCAGUGCUGGUGCAGACUUUAAUGUCAAGGCCUGGAAGAUCUCUGGCGAGGCUAUUGGAACCUUUGGCUUGAGCAUUUGGAGAAGGCUUGUGCCUCCAGGAACGAUUGACUACUCCCCCAAAUCAUCUGUCAUAGAAACGACAGAAAUGCCUGAAAUAAAGAAGGUCUCUGACAAAGAUGAUGACUACACUAAAAUCCUGACACAGCAGCGGAAGGAUCAGAUAAAGCUGAUGUCCCUUCUGCACAGCAAGUCUCCAGAGGCCAUGGACAAACUAAGGAAAUUGGCUGAGGAGAGUAUACUGGGGUCUGUCGAAGCUGGUGAAGGGGUAGAGGACUCUUGGAUAAAAUGGAAGACUUCUGGGAUUCUGAGAAGCGACAUCGUUGGAAAGGCCUAUAAACCAAAGGAACGGGUACAUGUGCCAGAGACUGAGAUAACGCCAGUGAAGUUUAUGAAGGAGAAAGAGAUCUCUCCUUGGGUCUAUAAAAGCCUCCCUUGCAAAGACCUGCAGGAUUUGACCCGAUCCAACAUGGCCAUCAUGAAAACAACUCAAACUCCAAGGAAAAAAAAUGUAUGGUUAAUCACCCAGCACAUGAUCAAGAACCUUUCUAUGGGCAGACAGUCUGUGGAUACUUCCACCCAGUCACUGAGCUUCUCUUUCUCCAGUCCACUUUUAUCCAAGAAUUCCUCAUUCACCUCAAUAUCAUCUUUGAAGCUGUCUUCGGUCUCCUCUGUUUCUUCUUUAAAGCAGUCAUUGAUUUCUUCAGCAACAGCAGUCUCAAAGAAACAGUUACAUUCUUCCUUAGUGUCUGCCAAGAAGAAGGCACCUUCAGAUUCUAAUAUAUCCAUUGCUACCAAAUCAUCCAUGACAAUCAAUACAGUGUCUUCAGUAAAGUCUUCAACUCUAGUCUUAAAGCCUUUGAAGUCAAUCCUUAAAGGGUGACCUGGGCAGGCUACCAGCCCAAGACCUUCUCUCAGUGAGGUGAAUAUAGGAAAUGGAUGGACUUUUUACUUUAUCAGGACAAUUAAAGUGUGGACUUGGUUGCCCCACUCAAACCCCCCAUAUCCUCUUCCAGAAUUAUUUCCCUCUCUCACUAAAAUCUCUAUGCCACUUCUUCAGGAGAGAGAAAUAAAUUUUGUUUUGGGAUUCCUUCAUGCUCUCAGAUUAAGUUGUAUUACUACCCUGGGAGGUGUGGGGAGAGGGGAGGAGUCUUUUUCUCAGAGGGAAGCUUCACAGUCUCUAAGCCCAGUUAUCCUAUUCAUUAAUGGGACCAUGUUGAGAGUAUGUCUGAUAUGACCAUGUACAUGGUCUAAGGGCAAAGAAUGUAGCUCUGUGAUAGAGACUUUAAAAAGUUUACCAGAUUUUUUUUUUUUUUGAGAGCUCUGUUCUUCAAGAAUAUUUUGACACUGGUUUUCUGGCUCUUCUUCAAACAACACAUUCUCUCUCUUGGUUCUGGGCGUUUUCUCUGGUUGGUUUCCAUUUCUGGAAUGUAUUCUCUCCCCUGUUCUAUUUAUCGAUAUUCCCUGGUUUCCUUUUAAGUCCCAGCUAAAGUUCCAUAUUUUACUGGAAGCCUUCCCUAGUUUCUUUUAAUAUGAGUGCUUUCCUUCAGUUAAUUAUCUCUUAUUUAUCUUGAACAUAAUUUGCAUAUAUAUAUUUGUUUGCAUGUUGUCUCCCCCAUUAAAUUGUAAGCCCCUUGAGGGCAGAGACUGUUUUUUUGCCUCUUUUUCUAUUCCCAACAUUUAGAACAGUGUUUUGUUUGUAGUAGGAAUUUAAUAAAAUUUAU